UAGAUGGUGCAAGUUUUUAAUUUGACCAAGCAUUUGUGCAGCUCAUGCAUAUUGAGUUUGGAUGCUUUCACAAGCCGCGCACAUACACACAUACACACGCACAUACACACACACACACACACACACACACAUGCAUGUAAUUUACAAGGAGGGUGAGCAAGCAAGGGUGGAAAGAGCGUGUUGAACCUGCUUGGAAAAAAAGUACCAGCGGUUCUCUGCUGGAGAAAGGAGAGAGAGAGAGAGAGAAAUAGAGAAAUAGAUAUAGAGAGGCCUCAGUAAAGUGAAUGUCCCUGCUCAAGGAGCGGACCUGCUGGCGUUGUUGAGGGGAGAGGGUAGCAUGUCUCGGUAUAACGCGUGCAUCUUGCUGGACUGGGCUUACGGAGGUGUAGAUUCCCGGCUAGCAGGGAAUGGAGGGGCCGAGUGCGUGGCGUUCCUGCCCCAGAGCCAGCGCUGGCUGGAAAGCCUGGUGUUUGUGACCCUCUCCCUGCUGGAGAUGGCCCUGGCCAUCGGCAAGAUCAGGCGGCAGGGGCUCAGCGUGGACCUCCACAAACAAGACGAGAGCCUGGGCAAGAACCUUCUCCUUGUGGCCCUGUGCCUGACCUUUGGGGUUGAAGUUGGCUUCAAGUUCGCCACCAAGACUUUGAUCUUCCUGCUGAACCCGUGUCACGUCGUCACCAUGCUACAGAUCUUUCUCCUUGCAUGUCCUCCCUGUAGAAUUGCUCUAAUUAUUUUCAGGUUACAGAUGCAUAUGCUAAAUGGAGCAUUGCUGGCGUUGCUCUUCCCUGUCGUUAAUACCAGGCUGUUGCCGUUUGAGUUGGAGAUCUAUUACAUCCAGCACGUCACACUUUAUAUCGUUCCUGUUUAUCUGCUCCAGAAAGGGGGCAUGUACCAGCCUGAACCGCUGGGCGAUUUCUGGUGGGCUCUGCUUGCUACCGGACUCCUGUUCUUCUACCAUUUUGCCUUUUUGCAGAUCCUCGGAUUGGUCACGGAAGUCAACCUGAACAACAUGCUUUGCCCUGCGGUAUCGGACCCCUUCCACAGCUCCUGGUAUCGGAUCUGGGCAUCGGGACAUCAAACCCUGAUGACGGUGACACACGGGAAGCUGGUCACGUCCUUGUUUUACGCCGCCACCCCAGCCCGCAAGUAUCUGGUGGACGUGAUCAAACUGCCCCUCAAGAAAUUCGUUUGAGAACCAUCGCGGUAAAACUUUCCCGACAAUGCUUGCGGCGCUGAGGCGAAGGGCCAGCGACGGAGAUUGAGAGAAGUUUCAGAAAGGUGGAUUCGGAAGAAAAUCACUUUGGCUGCAGCCAUGGAGUUGCCUUAAGGAAUAUUUAUCUGAAAUUAUUUUGUACUUUUUUUUCUCCACGAUCUAAUGAAAAUGACUCUGCAUCAAGGUUUAAGAUUUCAGAUUUUGUGACAAAAAAGGGAGAUUAUUGUCAUACAAAAUGAUUUUGCAGUGAGAUACAGGAGCAUGUUGUGUCAAAUACAUUUCACAUUUCUGCU